AAUCAAUCAAUCAUGUCGACUCAACAGCAACAAACUUUCCAGCACCAGCAGCAACAACACAUGAGUCAGUUUUCCCGUCAGGUUGCGAAAGUGUCAACCGCCACUGCCAUAGGAGGAACCCUAGUCAUCCUUUCCUGUCUCACCUUAGCUGCAACCGUGGUUGGCAUAGUUCUUGCCACUCCUUUGAUUGUGAUCUUCAGCCCUGUUCUUGUUCCAGCUGUGAUUACUCUGUUUCUGAUUGCAUCUGGAUUCAUAGCUUCAGGUGGGUUUGGAACUGUUGCUGGAUUUGUGUUUUAUUGGAUGUAUGGUUACUUGUUUGGUAAACAUCCAGUUGGAGCUGAUCGGUUGGAUCAAGUUAGGGAUAGGAUCGCCGGAGCUGCGACCGAGAUUAAGGACAGGGCACAGCAGCAGUUUACUUCUGCUUCUUAAGUUUGUUUGUUUGGUGGUU